CUGUUUAACUUUCCAGGUAUCUUUUCGCCCCAGAUCUUAUCAGUCGAGUUCCUUUCGCCCGGUUUGCUCAGUCCAUACAUCGGUAAUGUAGACGUACUAUCUCUAUCAAUCUUGAGCGGAAACAUACUUUCUCCAAAUAUUCUAUCACCGCCAAUCCUUCAACUGUCAGUAAUGGAUUUCAACAUACUGUCGCCGUCACUAUUUUCAUGA